GUCAGAUUGCUACUCGCACCUCUCACAUGUUUCACUGACUGAUUGUGAGUGUUGCUUCUUUUCUCCAGCAUCAUUUGCAUUUGAUUUCACGAAUUGUUGCGUGAUUUGCGCCUCGUGUUCGUUCUGUGCGCCUUUGUUUACCUUGCCACACCGAGACUCCGCUUGUUUCUACGCGGCGAGAACCCUUUUUCGACCAUCCAAACUGUUUCCACGCCACUUCGGAGCGCGCCGCGUCGGAGUGUGUGUGUUGGUUGUUGGGCCAUGCUGUAAAUUGCAGUAGCAGAUUUACAAGAUACGGCUGACGUUAAGAUGACAUCGAGUUUUUUUACAUCGGCAUAAAAACAACACGAGCAAGCAGGCAAGCAGGAGAGAGAGAGAAGGCAGCCGAAUAGCUGUACACCGGACACGGAGCGACCAAGCAGCAGCGAGAGAGACAAGAAAUUAUCUUCAUACAAUAUUGGUGGGAGCAAAACCACAAAAGUUGGCAACCAAUCGUGGUACCUUCUUCUUGUGCUGUACUUGCACGACGCUCGCUCCUCGCUUUUGGAUAAAAAAAACGCGAUAUUGAAAGCAGCGGCGGCGGCGGUGGUAGAGCCGGCAGGGGCUACCUUUGGAACGCCACUCAGGUACCGGCGGCCGGCCGGCCAACUAACGCAGCACAAAGAGCAGUCAACGGUGGUGGGGCUCGAGCCGAAAAAAUUCCAGGUGGGAAGGCGCAGAGAGAGACGGCCAGUUGACACCGAUCGUUCGCAGCGAGCAGAGCAAAGCCGAGUGGCGCGUCCCGCGAGUGUCCGACGCGGAUCAUGUAGUGGUGCGGCCAUGUACGAUGGAGGCAAAAGACACAAGCACACCGGCGCUGCCCACCUGAUUCGGAGCAAUUUGCAUAGGAUGUGCGCGUCUGGCGUGCUACCGUCGUGGUACGCCGAGCUGCAACACAAACUGGUCGCCUCGAACCGGCCGCGCUACUUCCGUCUCGUGUGCAUCUGCACGGCCACCUCGGCCUUCGUCAUGGGCAUCAUCAUCGGUCUCAUGAUCCCCAUGUACCUGCUGCCGCCGUCGGCCGCCUCGGCCCUUCUGCACGCCGCCGGCAGCAGGCCCCUCAACCGCUCCUCCAGCAGCACAGUAGUUCCUCCGGUGGUGCUCGACCGGACAGUCUUCGACACCGUGUCCUUCGUCCCGGCCGUGCAGCAGCCGCCCGUGGCCGCUCAGCCGUCUGCGGAGUCAACCGCGGUCAACUCGUCACUGAUCGCGAACGGUGUCUACUGGAGCGACACCGUCGAGAUGGCCCUGCCGCAGGGCUACGACUCCACCUCGGCCUCCGAGUGGCGAAAGUUUGUCCGGAAGGCGCGCGUCAUCAAGAUGGAGGAGGGUUGCGGCCGCAUGCAGAACCGGCUGGUGACCUUCGACAACGGCUCCACGUCCUGCUGCAGGUACCGGCAGAACGUCGACCAGAUCCAGGGCGAGAUCUUCGGCUUCUACCUGGGCAGGUACAUCCUGGGGCUGCCCAACCUGACGCCGACCACCCUGUCCAGGGUGAAGCCGCAGUCGCGACAGUGGGCCUCGGUCAAGGCCCAGGUGAGUCUGGCCCAGUGGGCCACCGAGGAGAAGGCCGUGGUCAUGACCAAGUUUGUGCCCCUCCUGCUGUCCGCCUACAUCCCCACCUUCCUGCGGCCGUACGACCGGCGGCUGCACCCGCCGGACGUCCAGGACACCCCGGACGUGGACGCGUCUGAGUUGGCGCAGUGGUCCGACCUGGUGGUCUUCGACUACCUCACCGCCAACAUGGACCGCAUGAUCAACAACAUGUACAAUUUGCAGUGGAAUCCGACCAUGAUGGACGCGCCGGCGCACAACCUGGCCAAGGACGCGUCCACGGGGCUGCUGCUCUUCCUGGACAACGAGAGUGGCCUGCUGCACGGCUACCGACUGCUGGACAAGUACGAACAUUACCACAAGUCCAUCCUGAACGCGGUGUGCAUCUUCCGGCGGUCGACGGCCGACGCCAUCAAGCGCCUCUAUAAACAGAACAAUGUUGGUGAACUGUUGCGAAGCGCGUUCAAAAGUUCCGACCCCGAGUUCGUGGACAUUCUGCCCUCCCUGCCCGAGAAGAAUGUGAAAAUUUUGAACAAACGCAUUGCCCGGGUGCACGAACAGAUCGUCAAGUGCGAGUCCAUGUACAAGUCGACGUGAUCGAGUGCAAAAAAUAAUUAGUGACUAUUAAUUUAUUUUGCUGAACUUUUGCGAACGCGCAGAUUUUUUUUCAUCAAAGACUCGUGUGCCCGGCAACGCGGAAGAUUGUGAUAUUGAGACAUAUUUUACAAAAACAGAGAGGAAUAUAAACUUCGAAAGUGUGUAUAGGAAAUUUAAUUAGUUAAAACAAAAAAUGUUGAUGUGCGUGACUUUAACUAUUGUUGUAAUUAAAUGUCACUCUGGGUGGAUUACAAGUGAGUACAUCACAACCAAUUGUGAUAACCAAAAAUCAAUCAACCAACAAACCCAACCCCCCGUGAAAUUAAUUAAUAUAUAAUUAUGUAUUAUUAACACCACGCGCACCUCCUUCUCACGGCCUCUCUUUCUUCUUUUUUGCCCCCAGAACGGCGCGCCGUUCCUUUUUCUUCAUUGCUCUUUUUCGCUAUUUUUUACCUUAUUUACCUAUACCGUGCGCGGUAGCCAACGAAAGUUCUUUGAACCCGCGUACAUUUUGCUUCUCAAAGGGGCCUUUGUAUGAAGAGCACUUUUAUUUAUCGCGCACAGACACUCACUCUCUCGCUAGGAAAAUUCUUUCAGUACCAAUUUCAAGCAAGCCUUCUUGUUUUCGGCCCGAUCGCCACAUAAAUUGCGCACUUAACUGCUUCAAUUUCUUUUUCUGCACGGCCCCGGCGGUUAUAUUCAUUUCAUACAGAUUGUUGUUCAUUUCGGCAGCCGCAGCCACUUCAUUUCUCCCAUAUUUCCAUCACAGCGCGCGAUCAUAUUUUUUUCCUACUCAUUUUCCCCAGCGAGAUUUACGCGAUGCUUUUAUUUUAUGGCUAUACACGCCGAUAGCUAUUGAUGCAAAAAGAAAGAAACUCUAGUCUUUUGCUUUCGAGAAAAUGUGAAUGGAUACAAAAAAAAAAGAGAAGAAUCACGAUUUAUUGUCAAAUCUAUUUCAAUCCUUAUUGCACAAUUUAAAAAUUCUCGUGAUUCCAUUUAGUUGAUCAUUAUUUGUUGUGUUAUGCUCAACUUUUGAGAAAUUUAAUUGAACAAAAAAUAGAAAUGUGAACGAUAAUUAAUUAUGCAUCUUUCCGCUAAUGAUUUUUGUGUGACCUUGUAAAUUGUGUUACAUUGAGUGUAUUCAUAUGUAAAUGGAUGAUUAGAUGAACAAUAUAUUUAUAAUUAAUUA